AUGCGUAAUAUUGAGUAUGUUGGUGAAAAAUAUUUAUGUAUGGUAAGAAUUCUAGAAGCUUUUAUAAUAUACUAAAUAAGUUAUAAUUGGUUUAUAUUUGGUUUUGGAGAAAAUAUAUACACAAAACUCACAGAUAAAUAUUUUUAAAAAGUUCUCUCAAAUCAAUUCUUCAUCAGUCUCUUCAUCUAUAAUAAUAAGCUAGCCUUGUUUGAGUGUUAAAUCUCUUCUGUGUUUUUUAAUUAAUUAUAAAAAAAAGAAAGAGAGUUAUUCUGCACUAAUUGUAGAAGGAAUUUUAAAUUCAUUCCUAACUAUUAGAUCUUUAAGUAUAAGUUUCUCUUCUUCAUUAACAAGUUAAAGUUCACUUAAAGAGCGCAAAGUUUAAAAACACAUUCUAUAAAAGGAUUCAUUCAUCAUUUUAUGAAUAAUAAUAUUAAUAAGCUGAUUUUAUUUAAAGUGCUGAAUUUAAAUUAAUAUAGCCAACUCUUUAUAAAUAUUUCUAUUUUUAAUUAAUAGAAAAAGAAUACUCUCAGUAUUAAUAAUGGUUCAAGUAUCCAUAUUUGA